AUGUCAAAUCGCACAUCACGCCCGAAGCCGCCUCCACCAGGCAAUGAGGAAGCCUCUGCGUCGCUAAACCUGGGCGAGUUCCAGCAUGUCGAUACUCUCACACUCUCAGAAGCCGCGCUGGUUCUCAAUGCGCUAGUCGCGAAGCGCCGAAAUGAUCGCAAGAAUGUCAACGAGACGGAGAUGCUGAAUCAAACGCUGAACUACUUGGAUCACUUUGCGCGGUUCACCCAGAAGGAGAACGUCGAGGCUGUGGAGCGUCUGCUCAGCGCUCACAAGGACCUGGCCAAGUUUGAGCGCGCACAACUUGGAUCUCUCUGCUGUGAAAACGCCGAUGAAGCCAAGACUCUGAUUCCAUCUCUGGCGGAUAAAAUCAAGGACGAAGAUUUACAAGACCUACUCGAUGAGAUUUCGAAGCUCCAGAACCGAUGA